ACGGCCACAGAUUCAUCUCCUCAUCUAACAUUACAUCCGACGGCUGUAGAUCAUCCUCUGUGUUUCGGCGAACACUUCCCCAAAUAUUAGGGUUUGUUCUUCGCAUUGCUCAAACCCUCGAACACUUUACACGCUACACAGAUUUUCCCUCAUUUUUUUUCUUUUUCUCAUAAAUCUUAGUUUCUAUUUUCCGGGGAAAAACAUGGUGAAUGGUCCAGGUCUCUACUCCGAUAUCGGAAAGAAAGCUCGAGAGCUUCUGUUCAAGGAUUAUCAGAACGACCACAAGUUCACUAUCACCACUUACACUUCCACUGGAGUGGAAAUCACUUCAACUGGAAUCAGGAAGGGUGAGAUAUAUUUGGCAGAUGUCAACACUAAGCUGAAGAACAAGAACAUCACAACCGAUAUUAAAGUUGACUCGAAUUCAAAUCUACUUACUACUGUUACCGUGGAUGAACCUGCACCUGGACUCAAAUCCAUCUUUAGCUUCAUUUUCCCAGAUCAGAAAUCUGGCAAGGUUGAACUCCAGUACCGGCACGAGUAUGCUGGAAUAAGCACCAGCCUUGGAUUGACAGCAACUCCCAUUGUUAACUUUUCUGGUGUGGUUGGAAAUGAUUUGGUUGCUGUUGGGACUGAUCUUUCAUUCGAUACUGCCUCUGGAAACUUUAUCAAAUAUAAUGCAGGGCUAAACUUCACUCAUGCUGACCUUAUUGCGUCCCUAACCGUAAAUGAUAAGGGUGACACCGUCAAUGCAUCAUACUAUCAUGUUGUAAGCCCGUUGACAAACACUGCUGUUGGUGCCGAGCUUUCUCACAGCUUUUCUAGCAAUGAAAACAUGCUGACUAUUGGCACACAGCAUGCACUUGACCCCCUAACAUUGGUGAAAGCUCGGGUGAACAACUAUGGCAGGGCCAAUGCUGUGAUCCAGCAUGAUUGGAAUCCAAGAACCCGGGUCUCUCUCUCAGGUGAAGUGGAUACCGGGGCAAUUGAGAAGAGUGCAAAGGUUGGUCUUGCCGUGGCCUUGAAGCCUUAGAGCCUAGUUUGAUUCUGCGAUUUCAUCGAUUGUGUCUCUCAUUGUGGAGGCAAUAAGUUUAGUGGUGGGGAUUCACUUUCCCAAUGAACAUUUAGUCCUUCAUUUUGGAGUUCUUGAUUAUCGUUACAUAUCUUGGUGGGCUUGGGAUGUAAAAAUAAUUAUAAACAAAUUUUAAAUUUGCCUGUAUUUUAUUCAACGAAUCAACACGGAAGGCAUUGAUUGAUUCACCUUUGAGUUGUUUUUGAACUUGAAAGGUGAUAGUUUCUGUAAAUCAGAUUCUUGUUCAGUGUAUAUCGAAAAUUUAACGCAGAGGACAGUAGUAAAUGCA